CUCCAGGCUCCAACUUAUGACGCACUUGUGAUGCCACUGGUCUGCAAAGGGGUAUAAACCAGCUGCCCCCGGGAGGCCAAGGUUGGACCAAAAGCCUCAUCAUGACAGCCUCCCUGAUAUCGCCCCUAACAACCUUCGGACACUCGCUCGCUUGUAUUGGCGCGUCUCUGGCACACUCGGCUGUGUUGGUGGCUAGUGCAGUACUAAACUUUGCGAUCACGUUGGUCGAAUCUGUGAUCCAAUUCGGGAGGAGUGUCGGGACUUUGUUGGUGGAAAUGUUCCAGAGCAUAUUGGGAUUUAUAGUCGCAAACUUUGCUGCCAUCGUUAUCAUCGGUUCUAUCUAUUACGUCUACACCCGUAGGAGGCAAAGGGGAGUCACAGUUCCAGAGUCUCUGAAGAAGAUACGUUGAAUAGGGAGAGGUGCAGAACAUGAAUGUUGAGAAGAAGCGGGUUUGUGUGAAGCUAUUCAGAGUGACCAUGUAUUCUUGCGGAAUUCCAAUGCGGUAUUUCGCCCCCUUCUACUGGAAGAUUUCCUGAGGGACCACUAGGGAUCAUAAAGUAAAUACAGGCUUCCAAGCUUUGAGCAAAGCAUGG